CUGGUAUAUAAAGCAGUAACAAGAGAUCAGAAUCAGCAAUAGCUCCAACAUGAAGCUUCUGGUGGUAUUUGCACUGGUGGCCCUCACUGCCGCAUCUCCAUGGUCCGGCUUUAUGUCAGAUGAACCGGACGGCGUCCCCACCCAUCAGAAGCAACAUGAUGUAAACUAUGCCUUCUACAAGAUCUUCGAACCUCUCCGUGAUAACAAUCUGGCGGAAAAAGCAGUAUCCUUUAAUCCUUUGGAAGAUGUUUCCAUGUAUAAGGAUGGAGGAGUUGCCGUGCGUCACCUCAUGGACGAGUUCACAAAUGGCCGUCUUCUGGAGAAGAAGCACUGGGCUGUCGCUACCAACAAGCGCCACUUGGAGGAGGCAAUCAUGCUCUUCGAGGUGUUCAUGCAGUGCAAAGACUGGAACUGUGUCGCCAGCAACGGGGCCUACUAGGAGCGAGUAAAUGAGGAAGAAUUCAUCUAUGCUGCCUAUCAUGCCAUCAAGCACUCACCCCUCACCCAACACGUCGUUCUACCAGCCAUGUACGAGGUCAAGCCACACCACUUCACCAAGACUCAGGUCAUCGAGGAAGCCUACGAGGCCAAAGAGAUGAAGCUUCGCAACAUCAUCUUCCAAAAUAACUUCACUGGUACGCCUAAUGACAUCGAACAGAGAGUUGCCUACUACCGUGAAGAUGUUGGCGUUGGUACUCACCACCUGAUGAUUCACUUGGAGAAUCCAUUCUGGUGGAAAGACACCUACGGCUACCACAUUGACAAAGGAGAGAACUUCUUCUACGCCUACCACCAGCUCCUUAACCGUUACGAGGCCGAGCGCAUCUCCAAUUACUUGCCUCCUCUCCAGGAACUGAAGCUCGAUGAGCCCCUAAAAGGAUUUACUCCACAGACUACCUACAAGUUCGGUCCACCCUUCCCCGUUCGCAAUGACGAUAUCCAUCUCCAUGACGUAGACAGGAUUGGCAGAAUUCACGAGGUCGUCCACAUGGAAGACCGGAUCCACGACGCCAUCGCUCAUGGCUACGUGGAGGACGAGCAAGGAAACAAGAUCAACAUCGACAACGACCACGGCAUUGACAUCUUGGGAGACAUCAUCCAGUCCUCUAUGUACAGCCCCAACCGCAAGUACUAUGGCAAUCUCACCACACUGGCCUACACCCUGCUUGACCACCAGACUGACCCCAAGAACAAGUACGAUACUCCCCCCGGCGUGCUAGCACACUUAGAGACCCUUCCACGUGAUCCUGCUGCCUGGAGGUUGCACAAGAGAAUAGACAACAUCUUUAGGGAGCACAUCGUCCUUCCUCCUUACACCAAGGAGCAACUCGUAUUCCAGGGCAUAACUGUGGAGGAAAUCCAAAUACAAGGCAACCUUGAAACCUAUUUUGAGGAGUACAAAUAUGACCUGAUCAACGCCUUCAACGACAACACCACUCAAACUGAGUUCUAUGGCAUCUAUGCCACAAUGCCUCGCCUCAACCAUAAGGAGUUUACUUACAAGAUCAAAGUGCAGAACAACAAUGGUUCUCCAAAGAAGUCUGUCGUUCGCAUCCUUGCCAUGCCCUACCGGGAUGGUAAUGGUGCCAUCAUCCCCUUUGACGAGGCACGCUGGCUUGCUAUCGAGAUGGACCUCUUUGUGAAGACUCUGACACCGGGUGACAACGAGAUCACCCGUAAGAGUUCGGAGGCUUCCAUCACUGUACCUGACGUCCCUACAUAUAAAACUCUCGUUGAGAUGACUGAGUCUCAUCAGACUCUAGAGAUGUACGAGAGCGCCACCGGCAUCCCUAACAGGCUGCUUCUGCCCAAGGGUAACAAGGAAGGUGUGCAGUUUAGAGUGUUGGUGGCUGUCACUGAUGCUCAACAGGAUGUCAACGACGAGAACAUCAUUACCAUGAAUAAAUACCACCACUAUGGCGUCCACGGCGUUCAGCCCGACAAGAGGCCCUUCGGCUACCCGUUGGAUCGUCGUGUUUCUGAUGAACGCAUAGUCGAUGAGGUUCCCAACAUAAAGGUGACCAUGGUCAAGGUCUACAAUCACAACGUCUUCGUUCCCAUCGCUCAUAACUAGCUCUAUACCUCUAAACUGCAAGGCAGAUCCAUCUUUUUGUCAGUGAUGUAGUUAUAUGUAGAACACCCUUAUCAUAACUUGUGAAGAAUCAUGGAUAGUUUGCAUUUGUUUAAAUUUUCUUCAUCCUUACUGAUUUUCAUUAUACAGCUCCAUAGAUACACAUAAUCCACUAUUGAUUAACUGCCUUGCUGAUGGCCAGUUGUUUUUAUUUUCCAAGAUAUGUAUUUCUCUUCUGAGACGAUAGUGACACCCUACAUUAGAUUUGAUCGAUUACAAUAAAAUGAUUUUUUCUAAA